UCACCCCCAGCAGACAGGAGAGGAGCAUGAGGAGGGAGAACCAAAGCAGCGUGUCCCAGUUCCUCCUCCUGGGGCUCCCCAUCCGGCCAGAGCAGCGGGGCGUGGUCUUCGCCCUGUUCCUGGGCGUGUACCUGACCACGGUGCUGGGGAACCUGCUCAUCAUCCUGCUUAUCAGGCUGGACUCUCGCCUCCACACCCCCAUGUACUUCUUCCUCAGCCACUUGGCCCUCACCGACGUCUCUUUUUCAUCUGUCACUGUCCCUAAGAUGCUGAUGGACAUGUACACUGAGUACCAACUCAUCCCCUAUGCAGGGUGCAUUUCCCAGAUGUAUUUUUUCAUAUUUUUUACUGACCUGGACAGCUUUCUUAUUACAUCAAUGGCAUAUGACCGCUAUGUUGCUGUCUGUCACCCUCUUCACUACACCACCAUCAUGAGGGAGGAGCUGUGUGCCUUCCUAGUGGCUGUUUCCUGGAUCCUGUCUGGUGCCAGCUCCCUUUCCCACACCCUCCUCCUGACCCAGAGCAUGAGGAGGGAGAACCAGAGCAGUGUGUCCCAGUUCCUCCUCCUGGGGCUCCCCAUCCGGCCAGAGCAGCGGGGCGUGGUCUUCGCCCUGUUCCUGGGCGUGUACCUGACCACGGUGCUGGGGAACCUGCUCAUCAUCCUGCUCAUCAGGCUGGACUGUCGCCUCCACACCCCCAUGUACUUCUUCCUCAGCCACUUGGCCCUCACCGACAUCUCUUUCUCAUCUGUCACCGUCCCUAGGAUGUUAACGAGCAUGCAAACUCAGGAUCAAUCCAUCCUCUAUGCAGAAUGCAUAGCACAGAUGUAUUUCUUCAUAUUUUUUACUGUUCUGGACAAUUUUCUUCUCACCUCAAUGGCAUAUGAUCGGUACGUGGCCAUCUGUCACCCUCUGCACUAUACCACCAUCAUGAGAGAGGGACUGUGCACCUUACUAGUCCCAGUAUCUUGGAUUGUGUCCUGUGCCAGUGCCCUUUGUCACACCCUCCUCCUGACCCAGCUGUCCUUUUGUGCUGACAAUGCCAUCCCCCAUUUCUUCUGUGAUUUUGGUGCCCUGCUCAAACUCUCCUGCUCAGACACAUCCCUCAAUGAGCUGGCCAUCUUCACAGUAGGAAUGGCAGUCAUUAUCCUCCCACUUACAUGCAUCUUGAUCUCUUAUGGCCACAUUGGGGCCACCAUCCUGAAGGUUCCAUCCACCAAGGGCAUCUGCAAAGCCUUGUCCACAUGUGGCUCCCACCUCUCUGUGGUAGCUCUGUAUUACGGAACAAUUAUUGCCCUGUAUUUUUUCCCAUCAUCCAGCAAGGCCAGCGACAAGAACAUAAUUGCCUCUGUGAUGUAUACAGUGGUGACACCACUGCUGAAUCCUUUCAUUUACAGCCUAAGGAACAGGGACAUGAAGGGGGCCCUGGAGAAACUCUUCAACAGGGCAAUAGUCCUGUCUCAAUGA